CACAACAUGCGCGUUGCUGCUCUCCUCCUUGGGUUCUGCAGCAGUCUGACCGUCUGUAUCAGGCCGGAGGAGCAGCAGGUCGUUAACUCGGCUCGGGUCGCAUCCGGGCACGGCGAGCAGCUUCUGGAGCCUCUGCCGCGGGCUCCCAGAGCGUACAACUCGGCUGGCUGCUGCGUGCAUCCCCGGAGGUUCAGAGGAUGUCGUCGCUGCCACAGAGGUCAUCGUUUUGGCCACAGCUAUUAUAGUGAAGUUCUGCUCGAGCAGCUUGCAUCGACUGGACUCUAAAAUAAGAAUAUGAUUUGGCGUUUUCUUUCUCAACGCAGUCGCGCCAUGCUACUGCUGCUGUCACCUAGCUAGCUAGUAGCUAUCUAUGAGCUGUCUCUGUUAGCAACACAGCAUCACAUUAUCUGCAGCUAACGACAAAACAUGGAUCUAUAGCCGAAAUACUUAUCAUUACACACGGUGACAUAUCCGUCGUCAGUAUCUCAUUGUAGCAGUUUCAGAAUAAACUCAUAUAUUUAAUUCUGACAGUUAUGCUAUGGGUCUUUUUGUCCACGUAGGGGCGCUGUUUAUCAUACUACCAUAGCUGCCAGGAAACCAAAAUCACUUCUGACUCCAGAGAGUGUGGCGAGCGAGAUGGUGUACUCCUAUCUACUUCCGUUUGACUAGUCAGUCAGUCAACUACACCAGAACGUUCGCUUAGUCGAGGGCUGGGGAUGAAGACAUAUGGGCAAAAUAAAAUAGAGAAAUAAAUGCAGAAAGGAACACAUACAUAAAUAAAUUCACGCACAAGGAAGAGUAGUUACAAAAUGUGGCAAAAUACGUCACAUGCUGAUAAUUUAGCGUCCUUCAGGAAACCCAAGGUUUUCAGUAGCGUGAAAACAGGAGUGAACCAUCUUUAGCUACACAUGCUAAAGUCUACUUGUGUACAUUUUGGUGGCUGUGGACCUACACGGAUUGACAGCAGCUGCUCUAAAGUUAGUGCUCUGUUGGUGUUUACGUACAGAAAUCAGUGAAUAGCUUAUUUUCCCCGUGGUGCAACACCAGACUGCAUGUCAAUGCUGAAAGAGAAUACAGUGUAACGCAGUCCUGAACUUUCAAGCAGCAGCAGCAGCUGUGGCAGAAACAUGGCCUUAUCUUCCCUGGGCAGUAGACUGGUGGCGUGUCUUCUCAACGUUUCCGAGGCUCGCAGGAAAGACCUGGUGGAGACUGUGGCCAAGGCAGCCUUAUACAAUGCUGAAGGUGUUAGACGCGAGGGGACCACAGUGCUGAACAUCUUCAAUGACCAUGACUACAACCGUUCUGUCAUCACCAUUGUGGCCAGUAUCGACUCCAUCAGGGAGGCGGUUCUGUCUGCAUGCGAGAAAGCCUGCGGGCUGAUCGACAUGCGCGCUCACAGCGGGGUGCACCCAUGUAUGGGUGCUGUCGACCUCAUACCCAUCUACCCCCUGGGGGAGGACGUGGGGGUGGAGGACUGCGCUACAGAGGCUCGGGCUUUGGCUGAGGGACUCACAGAGCGGGUCCAGGGCACCAGUGCUUUCCUGUUUGGCUGGGCGGACUCCCCCCUUCAGCGGGGGCUGGCACAGAGAAGGAAGGAGAUGGGCUGGUUUAAAAAGACGCCAGACAUGCAGGCAAUCAGGCCCGACAUGGGGCCACAGCCACAGAAACAAUUCGGUCUCACAGGUGUUGGGGCCAGUCCAUACGUCAUGAACUGCAAUGUCACAAUCGACACCCAGGACAUGGCCAUGGGACGCAGCAUCGCCGCGGCCAUCAGGGAGUCGGCCCCGGGGGGGCUGCCUGGGGUGCAGGUGCUUGCUUUGCCACAUCAGGGUGCCGUGGAAAUCGCCUGUAAUGUGGAAAGUGUGAAGGGGAGCCCAACUGGUGACACGAGCGCAGGCGAACCGUGGCCGUGUUUCAGCAUCGGCGGCCAGCUGUACUGUCACGCGCCGGCUUCCCUGAUCACAGCGAGGGUGGCGGAGCUGGCAGAGAGGCAGGGGGUCAGGGCCAUGGGCACGGCGCUGGUGGGGUUCACCCCCUGUGAGUGCAGGGGCCUGGCCGAGUUAGCACUGUCCCGAGAGAUUGCUGAGUUCUGGAAGGUGCAGGGCAGGAUCCGUAUGUGAAAAUGCAUGCUUGCCAAAACCAGUGAAAACUCAUGCAAAAUUAGGGAUGGGCGAUAUGGCAAAGUUUGCAAGUACACCAGGAGUUUAUUUUAAAUAACACUU